AUGAUGCGGCAACUCAACAUGGAUACGGUGCAGCAGAACUUCUGGAAGGAGGAGUUUCUGAGGGAGAAGAUGUUGCGCUGUGAGUGGCAUCGCAAGUACGGGUCGAUGGUGAAGGCCAAGCAGAAGGCUAAGGCCGCAGCCCGCCUGCCCCUCCACCUGCCCACCCUGCAUCCCAAAGCCCCACUCUCACCGCCGCCUGCCCCCAAGGCAGGCCCUUCCAGGGCCCCCAGCCCUCCCCUGGAGGCUCCUGAGCAGCCAGAAAUGUACCCCGUCCCGCCGGCCACCCGGGCCCUGCUGUACGAAGGCAUCUCCCACGACUCCCAGGGGCGCUACCGCUACCUCAACGCCCGCCACCGGGACAUACCGGAGAUGCGCUACCGCUUCCCCGUCACCACCAGCUUCACGUACGGCUGGCAGCUGGGCCCGCCGGUGAAGCAAGACACGGUCUUCUGCAAGAUGUGCCACAUUGAGUCGUUCUUCCGCAAGAACGGGGCCUUCUCGCCCCUUGACCCCCAGGACCUGGCCCUCUGA